AUUGCUCAUCGCCCAUUGUACAGUAGUGGACGUGACUAUUGAACCGUAGUGGCAAAUCAUCGACCAAACUAACAGCAUCUUCAAUCGAAAUCUACUAAUUGCACUAUUCUGAUAAUUUCCACAAUUCGCAUUCUGGAAAAUUGAUCAAUAGAUAGGCUGAUUGAUUGAUAUCAUAGUUCAUAUUGCGAUUGCUGUUUUUGUAUAAUUUCGUCAUUGACUAGUUCAUUUUACUACCAUGGCCAGAGAAGACGAAGAAAGAGAGAUCCGUGAUGACGUGUCGAACAACUCCUCUGAAGAAGAUGGAGACGAUGUUCUAGACUCAUCUGAAGAAGACGACGACGACGAAGAUGAAGAAGCCAUCCAGAAAGUCCGUGAAGGAUUCAUUGUAGACGAUGACGACGAGGUGAUACAAUCUAAAAAGAAGAGAAAGCACAAGCGGAAGAGAGAAUCACAACGUGCAGCUGUAGACGAUGCCUUGGAUGAAGACGACUUGGAGUUAUUGCUUGAAAACUCCGGAGCCAAACCUCUGCUGUCGUCAUCUCUGGGAAAGUUCAAGAGACUCAAACGGGCUCAGCUGGAAACUGCUGAAGAGCAAGAAAAUGAGAGUUUGAACGAUAUGUUCUCCGACGAUGAAGAGGCAGAAGCCGACGAGCUUGAAGAAGAAGGAGAAGUUGCUCAUGACCGUAACAUUUUGGAUGAAUUCGAAGACUUCAUCGAAGAAGAUGAGUUUUCAGACGAAGAUGAAGAGUCCAGAAGAGAAAAGAUCAAACAGCGAAAAGCAAAGAAAGCUGGCCCCAGAUUGGAUAUCUCGAAGUUGUCCAGUGUAGACCGAGAAAGCUUGCAACAAUUGUUUGAAGUUUUUGGUAAUGGUGCUGAGUACGAGUGGGCUCUUGAUGCCCAGGAGAUGGAAGAUGAAGGUAAUGGUGAAGCCAUGGAGCCAACGUCGUUGGAUGAAGUCUUUGAACAUUCGGAGUUGAAGGAGCGGAUGUUGACAGAAGAAGACAACUUGAUCCGAAUCAUAGACAUUCCUGAGCGGUACCAGAAGUACCGGGCCAACUUGAAUUACAUCGACUUGGAGGGAGAAGAGUUGCAAAACGAAAAAGAGUGGAUCGCUUCCAUUCUAUCCAAGGAGAAGCAGGGACUUGUUGGAGGCUUUUUGGAGCAACCAUUCCGGGAAGCAGUAGGAAAGGUAGUAGAGUUCGUUUCAAAGGAUUCCUAUGAGGUUCCUUUCAUCUGGACCCAUCGUCGUGAUUUCCUCUUGUAUUCACGUGAGAUCCAGGAUGCCGAAGGUGUAGUCAACAAUGAAGUUCACAAGUUGUUGUACGAAGACGACUUGUGGAGAAUCGUUCAUUUGGAUAUCGAAUACCAUUCACUCUACGAAAAACGUUUAAACAUCGAAAAGUUGAUAGAUGCUUUGUCUAUCGACGACGACUUGGUUAAGGACAUCAAGUCAUUGGACACUAUGGUGGCUGUUCAAGAUUUGCAUGAUUACAUUCAGUUCACAUAUUCGGCUGAGAUACGAGAACUCAACAAUAAAACUGAAGACUUAGAAGAUGGCAAUAAGCCUGGCAAGAAACACCUGAAAUUUGCUCUUUUUGAAAGAAUAAGGUCCAACAUCUUAUACGAUGGUGUCAAGGCCUUUGGUAUCUCUGCUAAAGAGUUUGGUGAAAACGUCCAAGACCAAAGUUCUAAGAAGUUUGAAGUUCCAUACAGAAUCCAUGCUACGGAUGAUUCGCUCGAGUCUCCUGAGGAUAUGAUCGAGAAGUUGUGUGAAGACGACGAGGUCAUCUUCAAGGACGAGAAGUCUGCUCGUGAUGCUGUAAGAAGAACAUUUGCCGAGGAGAUCUACCAGAACCCAAAGAUUAGACACGAAGUCCGACAGACCUACAAGGCAUUUGCCUCCAUCAGUGUUGCAAUUACCGAAAAGGGAAGAGCUACUAUCGACAGACACAGCCCCUAUGCUGACAUCAAGUACGCCAUCAACCGUUCUCCUGCUGACUUAGUGAAACAACCAGAUGUGUUGUUGAGAAUGCUUGAAGCUGAGAGCUCUGGUUUGGCUGUGAUCAAAGUCGAAACCAAAGAUUAUGACAACUGGUUCCAGUGUAUAUGUAACUGUUUGAAGUCUGACGGAUCCUCGGAGAUCUCAGACAAAUGGAACAGAGAAAGGGAGCAUGUUUUGACAUUGGCAUUCAAGAAAUUAUGUGCUACAGUAGCUUUAAACACAAAGGAAGACUUGCGCCGUGAAUGUGAACGUUUAGUGGCCAGUGAAGUGCGUAGAAGAUUCUUAUCUAAGGUGGACCAGUCGCCAUAUGUACCUUAUGGGUUCGACAAGGGCAGUAAGGCUAACGUUUUGGCAUUGUCAUUUGGAAAGGGUGAGUUCGACAGUGCUGUUGUUGGAGCUUUCCUCAAGCACGAUGGUUUAUUUGGUGAAGUUUUCAAGUCUGAAAAUAACCCCACCAAAGAUCGUGAAAACGAAGAACAGUUUGCUGGUCAAUUACAGCAGUACCUUGAUAGGCUCUUGGGUGACUACAAGCCAGAUGUCAUUGCGGUGUCUGGUUAUAAUGCUAACACCAAGAGAUUGUUUGACGCCAUUGUCAAUACUGUAGAAAAGAACAAUAUCAGAGUGUCGCUAUCUGAAGACCACAAGGAUUUCAACAACCCUCCUUUGGUCAAUGUCAUCUGGGGUCAAGACGAAACCGCCAGAUUGUACCAGAACUCAGAUAGAGCCACACAGGAGUUCCCAGAAAAGCCAACCUUAUACAAGUACUGUGUAGGUGUAGCUCGUUACAUCCAGAAUCCACUCUUGGAGUACGUUUCAUUGAAAGACGAUAUCUUGUCCUUGACUUUCCACGAGCACCAGAAGUUGAUUCCAGCCGAUGCUGUCAAGGAUGCUGUAGAGUCUGUGUUUGUCGAUAUCAUCAAUAUGGUUGGUGUAGAGAUCAACGAAGCUGUUCGUGAUCCUUAUGUGGCCCAGUUGUUGCCAUAUAUUUCUGGUUUGGGUCCUCGUAAGUCUUCUGGUCUCAUCAGAAAUAUUAACGCUAAGCUUGGUUCCACUUUGUCCAACAGAAGCGACUUGAUUGAAAGCGAAUUGACGACUGCCAACAUUUUCAUCAACUGUUCUUCCUUUUUGAACAUUCCAGCUUUGGAAACCUCUUCUAGAGAUACUUCUGUCGAGUUGUUGGAUGCUACGAGAAUUCACCCAGAAGAUUACGAUUUGGCUCGUAAGAUGGCUGCCGAUGCGUUGGACUUAGAUGAAGAAGACAUGGCCCAUAUUGAAGAGCAGGGUGGUAUUAUCUACCAGUUGAUGAAGGAAGGUGUCAGCAGAGUUGACGAGUUGAACUUGGUAGCUUACGGCAAGGAAUUAGAGUCCAAGUUUGGCAAGAAGAAGUACGCAACCUUGCAAAUGAUCAAGGAAGAACUAGUAAACAACUUUGAAGAGUUGAGAAGACUGUUCCACUUGCUAGACAAUGCCGAAGUUUUCCAGAUGUUGACUGGUGAAACCACUGAAACUUUCUCUAGAAAUGUCGUUGUUCCAGUUACAGUUGUCAGGGUUGGCAAAAACUUCAGAGACUACGAACAGGCCAAGAUCAGAUUUGCAAAGGUUGUCACAUCUUCAUUGAUCACAGGAAACAUUGAAGAGAACCUGAUUCCAAGUGGAAUUGAUCUCAAUCAGGGCCAAAUUGUCCAGGCUGUUAUCUUAGAUGUUUUCUACGAUUCUUUCACAGCCACCUUGAGUUUGUUAGAUGAUGAUCUCAGAAAAGCCAAUGCUCCAAGAUUCGUCAAGGAAGAGGGCAAGUGGGAUUUCACUGCUGAAGAAGACGACUGGAAGAAGGAACGUGCGAAGGAAAGAGCCAAGCUUGCCAAAACUAGAAACGUUCAACAUCCAUUGUACCACAAUUUCAAUUUCAAGCAAGCUGAAGAGUUUUUGGCUCCUCAGGCUGUGGGAGACUGUGUGAUCCGUCCUUCUUCCAAAGGUCCUAACUUCUUGACAAUCACCUGGAAGGUAGCCAACAACUUGUUCCAACAUUUACUUGUCCAGGAAAAGACAAGUGGAAGAUUGAAAGAGUACGUUGUUGAAGGUAAGAAAUAUGGUGAUUUAGAUCAGUUGAUCUUCCAACACAUCCAGUCCAUAGCCAAGAAGGUAUUGGAAAUGACCCGUCAUCCAAAGUUCAGAGAAGGUACUCUUUCUGAGGUCAACGAAUGGUUAGACUCUUACACUAGAGCCAAUCCUAAGAGCAGUGCUUAUGUAUUCUGUUUUGAUCACAAGUUGCCUGGUAGUUUCUUGUUGUUGUUUAAAGUCAAUGCCAACACACCAAUUAGCACUUGGCAUGUCCGCACAGAAGUUGACGGCUACACCUUGAAGGGAUUCUCGUAUCCAAACAUGCUUCGUUUGUGUAACGGCUUCAAGCAGACUUUCAAAUCAUAUGUUUCUAACACUAGGUCUGCUCCAAGCAAUCGUGCCCCUACAAGCUCCUAUGGUGGUUACGCUUACUAAUGCCCACGUCCUUACAAUUCUUGUUCCAUGUAUUCUAGUUAACAUUUGCUCACUGUACAAUUUCUAAACAUUAAAUAAAUAAUUUAUAUAU